UGAUCCGCUUUGCAGUGUCCAGAUGCUGGUUUCAUACAGCUUUGGUUUGCACUGUGGGGACAAAGAGCAGGGCAGUGUUUGGGAGAGAAAUUCAAAGGGCCCGUGGCAGCGUCCUGGCUUUGUAGAGCCGACUCCUGCAAUAGGAGCUUGACUCGCUGCCAUUGGAGCUGAUCUCCAGACAUCCUUCCUGCUCCGUGCAAAGUCCGGAUUGCAAGCCUCAGCUCAGAGACCCGGGAGGACGUACACCACGACUCCUCAUUCUCCUCAUUCUCCGAGUCGAUGAGGAUGUCCAGGAAGACCCAGUAAAGAAGGACUUGGCCCAUAAUACAGCACUUGCCACUUUGGUCACUGAAUUCGCUCCAGCUCUUCUCAUUCCUGGAUGUUCCUUGGUCAUCUCUAGGCAAAGGCAUUUUCUUCCACCAUGUUGUUGUUGCAAGGUGCCCAGAUGUUGCAGAUGCUGGAGAAAGCUCUGGUGAAGAGCCUUCCCGAGUCCUUGAAGGUGUAUGGUACUGUCUUCCACAUAAACCAUGGAGACCCAUUCAAGCUAAAGGCCCUUGUAGACAAAUGGCCUGAUUUUAAUACAGUGGUCAUCCGCCCUCAGGAGCAGGCGAUGACAGAUGACCAUGAUCACUACACCAAUACUUACCAGAUCUACUCCAAGCACCCUCAAAACUGUCAGGAAUUCCUGGACUCUCCAGACGUCAUCAAUUGGAGACAGCACUUUCAGAUUCAAAGUACGCAGUCCAGCCUGGAUGAAGUGAUACAAAACUUUGCAACCAUUAAAUCUUUCAAAGUCACCUAUUCAAAUAACCUUCUAUAUAUGACGUCGGAGACAGUCAACAAACUGAUUCCUUCUCUGAUGGACACAAAGAAUUUACCACCCACUGGUGGCAAGCCAAAGGCCAUCAAUCAAGACAUGUUUAAACUCUCCUCCUUGGAUGAGACUCAUGCUGCCAUGGUGGAUAAAUUUUGGUCUUAUGGCGGCAAUGAGAAGAGCCAGAAGUUCAUCGCGCGAUGUUUACGGAGCUUCCCGAGCUCCUGUGUCUUGGGACCUGAGGGAACCCCUGUAUCCUGGACAUUAAUGGACCAGACUGGAGAGAUACGAAUGGGAGGCACUCUGACUGAGUAUCGGGCCCAGGGUCUGGUCUCCUAUGCUGUCUAUUCACAGGUGCAGACUAUGAACAAACUCGGCUUCCCGGGUUAUUCUCACACAGACAGGAAAAACAAAGCUAUGCAAAAAAUGAGCGAUGCUCUACACCAUAUCCUCAUGCCCUGUCACUGGAACCAGUGGGUGUGUUCUCCUCUGUGAUGCUGUCUUUAGACACAAGGCAUUAUGCCUGGGUGUGUCACUGGAGGAGUGAAAUAAAUGGAAUCAUUAGCAAA